AUGUCCCAAAGCGCACCCUCCUCGUUUCCUACGGCGCAACAAGCUCAGAUUAUUCGUGCCAACCAGAGGGACCUGAUUCAUGUAUCGUCAUUCAAGAAUCAGACAGAUAAUGUCCUGCGUUCAUGGCUAGGCAGUCGAUGGCUCACACGUUGGGACAAGGAGGUUGAUCUACUUGUCAAUUUAGCAUAUUAUGGAUUGACCACCGGGCGAGCCACGCAGACUCUGGGCGAGGAGUAUACGGAUAUCUGGCAACAUUCAGCAUUCACCGAACGAGCACCAACCGCACGGGCACGCGCCGCUCUUAUCCUCUUGUCGACACUCCCUUCAUACAUCAUCGCCCGCUUCGGUUCACGGCUGGAUUCACUGCCACAUAAACUUUCCAGCAUGCUGAGAGCCCUUCCAAUAUACAUCGAAGUUGCCACAGACCUCAACCUGUCCAUCUUCUAUCUGAAGGGGUCUUACCAUGACCUGAUCAAGCGGGUGUUGGGCAUACGACAUUUAUCAUCUAUUCCCGAGAACCCUCACGUCCGACCGCCCUCUUAUUCCCUACUUGGAGUCCUUAUCCUCGUCCGCCUGUGUUACAGGCUCCUGACUUACAUUCGCUCCGCUCGUGCUCAACCGCAAACAAAGGGGAAAACCCAGGCGUCAUACAGGGAUAACGAACUGUACAUCGACGAUCAACCCGUAUCAUCUCUCCUGGAAUUUAUCGAUCCAGAAGCUGAGCCGGCACGACCCGCGGAGGAAGACGAACGUACAAUGCUUGACAUACGCGCAAUUCCAGCCGAGCUACGGGCAUCGCGGAACUGCACACUUUGCUUGGAGGAGCGGACGGAUAGCUGCGCGACGGAGUGUGGACAUCUGUUUUGUUGGAGUUGCAUUGUCGGAUGGGGACGAGAAAAGCCUGAAUGCCCACUGUGCAGGCAGUCACUGAAUUUGACGCGUUUGUUACCUAUCUAUAAUUUGUAG